GUGGAUGUUGAAGGAGGACAUCUGUUUGGGCACCAAGGCCACCACGCAGCGGUCCGACACCUGGGAGACAAAAGCGGGCCUCGGGGGUCAUGGAUCUGUGCGUGGCCAUCAAAGGGAUCUCCUUCUUCUUGCAAGCGUGCUUGGGCAUCUUGGGGAACGUGGUGGUGCUGCUGGCCUACGCCCACAUCAUCUACAGCGAGCCCAAGCUUCUUCCCGUGGACAUGAUCCUGUGCCACCUGGCCUUCGCCAACCUGAUGCUGGUCCUGGUCCGCAGCGUCCCCCAGACCGUGACCGUGUUCGGCAUGAGGCACCUGCUGAACGACCCCGGCUGUAAGGUGGUGAUCUACGCCUACCGCGUCGCCCGGGCGCUGUCGGUCUGCCUCACCUGCAUGCUCAGCGUGUUCCAGGCGGUGACCGUCGCCCCCCCCGGGCCCCGAUUGUCCAGGUUGAAGUCCGCACUUCCCUCCCUGGUGCUCCCCGCCUUUGCGGGACUGUGGCUCUUCAACAUGGCCAUCUGCACGCCGGCCCCUUUAUUCGCCAUCGCGCCGCGCAACGGCACCGUCCCCGCCUUCACCCUCGACCUGGGCUUCUGCCACGUGGACUUCAGAGACCAGCUGUCGUACGUGAUCAACGGAGUGGUGCUCUCCGCGAGGGAUUUCGCCUUCAUCGCCCUGAUGGUGGGCUCGAGCGGUUACAUCCUGCUGCUCCUCCACCGCCACAACCGGCAGGUGAGAGGGACGCGUCGCUCUCAGGGCGCCGGGGCGGAGACCAGGGCGGCCAAAACGGUGCUCACCCUGGUGAUUCUGUACGUGGUCUUGUUCGGGAUCGAUAACACAAUCUGGAUCUACAUGCUGACGGUGGCGAAGGUGUCGCCCGUGAUUGCCGACAUGAGGGUGUUCUUCUCCGCCUGCUACGCCGCUCUCAGCCCCUACUUAAUCAUUUCCUCCAACAAGAAGGUCAAGGCGAAGAUCGCGUGUGCAGCCGAGCAAGAGCAGCCGUCGGUGGACAAUCAGGCGUCGGGUGACAAAUGACGCUCUCUGGUUCGACAGGCCGACGACUAACAAGACGGCCGAGUUGUGCACAGGCCUCGUUGUUUUCAACACUGCUGCAAAGAUGACUGACAGCUACUGAGACAGUGGACCCUUUUAGAAACAAACAGUCUUGGAGAUAGAUGGUUAUUUUGUUAUAUUUCCAUCAAAAUCGCAAAUAUACUGUACCGGCUUUGUGUUUUGUGAAUUUGUGAACAUUUUGAAUGUCGUCAACAACAACAAAAACACACACCAUCAUCAUCAUCAUCGCUGAGCUUAAACAAUUUAAUUAAAUAAGUAAAUUAACUUGAAGGAAAUAUGCCAAACAUCCCCUUUAUUAUAGCUUAUGUUAAGAGGAUUUGAUGCUUUACUUGAUCUUUGAGUUUGGAGAUUUGUGGAUUAAUGAUAAGCGGUUAGCCAGAAUUAAGGAUAUUUUGGUCAUGCUUUUAAACAGUUUCAGGGGAAUUCAAGGUUUAACGUUAUUUGUUCAAAUGUUUUAAUUUUAUUUUGAUCAAAAUAUUUCAAUUGGACUGUUUAAGGCUCAUUAAAAUAAUGAGAAUCAUAAUUCAUCCACCAUAAUUAUAUUCUUGAUAUUAUGGGAAGGGCGUUGAAAUUUAAAUUGUGAAAAAAAGACAAUUUUGUAGACUUUUUCUUGUGACUAAUCAAAAGUCUUACAGGGCGGUUGCAGUAUUUCUUCCAUCUUAGUCCAGAAUUUGAAGAUGACGCUUU